GGUACGGAGAAGUCACUUUAACAUGGAAACCUCUGCCUCAUUGAAUUCAGGGUUUAAUGUACUUGAAGCUCUGCGGUUCCUUUUACAGCUUUUUUAUUUAUACAUGAUUUUUUGUAUACUGCAUUGAAAAUGUCCUUGACUUCCCCCAAGUUCUUUCCUGCUCCCGCUGUACAGUGGAUCCGUGGCAAACAGGAGGGUUUGGAAGCAGCUGUCUCGGAGGUGCGUGUUCACCAGGUGUCGCGUGGGAGACGGCAACCUUGGAGCGAUGCUGUCCCUCUGCUUCCCGCUCCCAUCAGCUUUCCCCACCAUUUCUCUUUGUGUAGCAAAAACAUUUGCACUUACGAUACACUCCUACACGUUGGAUGUGUUCCCAGUGUUGUUCUGAGGGAAAAAGGAGGAAAAAACAAGGCAAAACAGGAAGAAAAGCAAAGCUGUUCCCUGUGGUACUGUGUGAGCAGCUUAGGUCUGUGUUCCCCUGGGAGGGGUCUCGCCGCUCCAGAGCAGGAGGUAGGGAGCUGGAACUGUGCUUUGCGCAGGGGAUUUGUGAUUAAUGUGAAUAAAAAAGGGAAAACGUGUAAGAAUUUGCCAAAGCCAUUCACCACUCCCUGUGCCCCAGGGCUGUUCCCUCCCUGUGGCAGCUGCAGGGGCAGGCGGCUGUGGGGGGUCCCUGGAGCCCCCCACCUUGCAGUUCUCUCUUGCUUUUGGGUCAUCACCAGGCUGGACGAGCCCCUCCGCUCCCUGUCCCAGGUGGAUCUGUGUCUCAUUUCUGGUGUCACUGUCCCAGUCCCAGCCCCCGGGCUGAUCCUGUCCCGUUCGGGUGGGGCUCUGGGGUUUGUGUUCGGGGUGCUGCGAGGACCCCGAGCCGUUCGUCUCCACGCGAGUGAUGUUGCACAACACGGAUCCCCACGGAUCAGUCUCCAUCCCCACGUGCUCUGUAAGAUGGACCUUUGUAGAGUCGUUAUUUCUGUAGACUUUGUUUAUCUGUAACAAACUUUGUAGAUUCUGUGAAAUGUUAUUUUAAGGAAAUCACUCGAGUCUUUAAUAGCAAAGCAUCGAUAUUCACCGAAGUCGAUACCGAGGAGUUUUUGGACGCAGAUGCAGCCCUGACACUGCCGAGGAGUGUCUGAUUCCACGGGGCAUUACUGGAUCAUGACUUGAUGUUGCCGCAUAGACUUUGAGAUAUCCGAUAUUUUGGGGGGUUUGUGUUGGCCUCUGUCCUCUUGCAUAGUGUGAAGCCUGUAAAGCUGGUUCCCUGUACAUAGAUAGCUCCUGUCCUCUAGGUAGAGCGUAUCGAGACUUGCCUGUAAUAUUUUAGCUUCUUACUGACUGUGUGUGAUGGUAGAACAUGUAAUUUUUGUACAUUCUAUUUACUGAGAUGUUGCCUUUUUUUAAUUUUAUUUUACAAAUACUCUGGAAUUCAGAUGUCGUUUUUUUGGGUUUUGAGUUUUGUUGGUUUUUUUUUUUUGUUCUUUUGUUUUUUUUUUUUUUUUUUUUCCCUUUUGCUUUUCCGUGAGGAUUCCUUUGGAAAGGUUUUUAAUGACAUUCCACUGAUCUGAAAUUUUUGCUUGAGGUUGACUUCAAUAAAUGGUUGUGAAUGUUGCACUGCUGAGAUGAGUCAGUUCCGUGUGGGGCGGGGCGGGGGGACAGCGGUGCUCGGGUGUCUCUGCGGGCGGUGGCCAUGCGGCGAGCGGAGCUGGCGGCCGAGGCGGCUCUGCGGGUGCUGCUCCUCGGCACCUUCGGGCUCAUGGAGUUCCUGCCGCCCUUCCGACGCGUGCUGCAGCCCGAGGAGAUGUGGCUCUACAAAAACCCCUACGUCGAAGCGGACCGUGUUCCCACCGUCCUCAUGUUUUUCAUCACGUUUCUGUCUCCCUUGUUGCUCAUCAUCCUGGCAAGGCUGUUCAUGGGUGCCGACCGCGAGGACUCGAGGGAAGCCUGCCUUGCUGCCAGCCUUGCUCUUGCCCUGAACGGGGUUUUUACAAAUGCCCUGAAGCUCAUUGUGGGGAGACCACGGCCUGACUUCUUCUACCGCUGCUUCCCUGACGGUCGAGCCAACGCCGAGCUGCUGUGUGCGGGGGACAGCCGCAGGGUGACAGAGGGGCGCAAGAGCUUCCCCAGUGGACACGCGUCCUUUGCCUUUGCUGGCCUUGCCUUCUCUGCCUUCUACCUGGCGGGGAAGCUGCACAGCUUCGUUCCGGGGCGGGGGGGCCGGGCCCUGCGCUUCUGUGCCUUCCUCCUCCCCCUCUUCCUGGCCACCCUCAUCGCCGUGUCCCGCACCUGCGACUACAAGCACCACUGGGAAGAUGUGUUGGUUGGCUCAGUGAUGGGCUUGGUGCUCGCAUACCUGUGCUACAGGCAGUACUACCCUCCCCUGACCGACGCCACGUGCCACAAACCAUCUCUGGCCAAGCCCAAAAUGCUGCCAGCACAGGAGGAGAAGCCUCCAACUCCCAGCUUCCACAUGAACGUCUAGUGAUGGGCUCUGUCCUGCCUGCUCCCUGGACGCCAGGGCAGGGCAAGGCUUGGGGCAGGCUCUGAUGAGGAUGAAGCCCUGGGCAGGUGUUCCCUGCCGAGCCGGUGAGUUUCCUGCCCUGGCCCUCGUGUUUCAUUUCACUGAGUUUUGUAGGCCACCCCCUCUUGAGGUUCACUGUGGAGCGAGGGAGGCACUCAGGGUGGCAACCUGCAGGGCUCUGAAGGUCCUGAACAGGAACUGGGAAGACGUGACAUCCCAGUGUGCCCAGUCUGGUGGGAGUUCUUGUGUGCAGUCCAGGAAGCACCACUGGACACCUCCCUGCAAUCCAGCCACGAUGUCCCAGCCCUUCUCCUGGGAAAUCAAAUGCAGGACCUGAGUUUUUCUAAUUUCCCAAAUAAAGGAGUUUCGUUUUUGUAAUGA